AUGGCACCGACUUCAACCCAACCAGAUUUGACAGCUACUUCAAGAGGAUACCAAUUUGGUGAAAGGGGAUCUCAUAACAUUUCGCUUGGAGGUCCACAUCCUUACCGAAGGGUAACUUUUGAAAAUCCUUUAGAUGCAAGAAAACAUAUGCUUGAACAUGGAGCUGCUGUUUUUCGAGUUUUUGCUCGUAAAGGAUAUGAUGAAGGAGAAGCAGGGCAUUGCUCAUUACGUGACCCAAUUGAUCCUGAUACGUUUUGGAUUAAUCCACUUGGGGUUCAUUUUGGACUCAUUAGAGCAGAGGACUUGGUCCAUGUUACCGAAGAAGGUGAGAUUUUGCCUGAUGGCAACCAAGCUCCUAUAAAUGCUGCCGGUUUUGCAAUUCACUCAUCAUUACAUAAAGCUAGACCAGAUGUCAAUGCCGCGUGUCAUUGUCACUCCAUAUAUGGGAAAGCAUAUAGUGCGUUUGGAAAAGAGUUGGAAAUUAUUAAUCAAGAUUCUUGCAUGUUUUUCAAGAAUCAAGCCGUUUAUACGGAUUUUGGCGGGGUUGCUUUAGAGAAGGAUGAAGGGCUGGCUAUUGCUAAAGCGGCUGGUUCUGCUAAUGCUAUUAUUUUACAGAAUCAUGGGUUAUUGACACUUGGUGAAACUAUUGAUGGUGCUGCUUAUUUGUUUACAUUGAUGGAGAAAUCGUGUCAGGUUCAAUUAUCGGUUGAUGCUGCUGUUUCAAAAGGGAAUCCUAGGAUAUUGAUACCUGAGGAGGAAGCUAGUUAUAGUGCUUUUGUUACUAAUGACCCUGAUACUUUAUAUGCUGCCUUCCAAGCUGAUUACAACUACCAAUUGAAGUUGUCGAAUGGCGACUUUUUGUUUGCAAAGUGA